AUGGCAGAUCUCGGUGAUCAACCAGCUCAGAUAUCAGAUACUCUGACAGUUGACAAGAUAAAUCCUGAAAUCCCUUCAACGACAAUCCAAGAAGACAAACCCAAACAUGUCCACAUUGCUGAGUCAAAAUCGACGACAAAUGACGACAAAAUUAAGCCAAGAAAAUCAUUUGGCCCGAUAAAAAAGCUCGACGGGUUCAUUUCACACAUGAACCGUCUUAUGCACACUCGCGAAGACCACGAUUCUGUCAUCCUAUUUCUAGCAUGCGCAACACAUUUUCUUGCAACGGCUCUCGAAACUCCAAUCUCUGAAAGACUACGAUGUUGGGCGACCAAGUUCGGCAGUUUGGUAUUGAAGAACACGCCGACAAGACUGGCGACAUCAAUACCAUUUGCCAAGCUAAAUUCAUAUAUGACGACGAUUCAUGCCUACAGGGGGCUUUUUGCUGAGCGAGCGAGAGCACUUUCAAAUAUCAUGGAUGAUUGGCAGAUCAUAACGCGAUUAUGGGGACUGCUUGCAAUGUGGGCUGAAGCCAAAGAGUAUAUCAUGAGUCUUACGGCGACUACAGACGCGGCCACGGAUCGAAACGAAAACCCACGAGAUUAUUUUGUCAGCAAAGCAAUCAAAGGAACAUACAUCGUCGGUUUGAUUAGUUACCUUGGCUUCGAGAACCUAGCUUGGCUCACAAGACGUGGCGUGUUAAAAAGCUCGGAAAAGACGGAAGGAAAGCUUAUGAUCCGCUCUUUAACGGGAUGGGGCAUCUUCAUCUCUUCCGAACUUGCGCAGUUGCUUCACGACCGUUCGUUAAAGAAACGAGGAUUCAAAGAAGAGGAUGAAGAAUCUAAAGUACAAUGGAGAAGGAGACUUGUGCAGGUGCUAAUAUAUGGCCCAUUGACGGUUCACUGGAUCAAGGAUGGAGGACUGCUCCCAGAAGUGUUUGCUUCAUUCUUGACAGCUUACGCGGAGUACAUAACAGUUCAAGGAUUGUGGAAAGCAUCCGCUUAG